GUCUCCCCAUCUGCACAGCGUUCUUGAUGUGGAGAAGCGUGAGAAGGUCGUCCGUCAUUAUAUAAUACGGACGAAAUUUGGUGCUGCAAUGCUCCGCCCUAUCCUGACUAACACUACACUUAACCGGUGCCAGCAGUGAUGCACACUUGAGACUGCAUUAGAGAUCAAUGUUGCCAUACUGUUGGUCUGAGAAUGAUGGCAAAAUGCUUCCUCCAAAACCAAUUGUCGCGUCGGGAAAGUGGUAUAAAGGGUGAGCCCUGUUCUUGCAAUGCACCGGUCCCGACAACCAAGCAACUAUCACCAGUCUGAAACAACAGACCGAGGUAUACUGAAUGGCUACCCACGCAGCUGUCGUUACUGUCGGCCCAGGACUGCCUCUAGAUAUCCAUCAAGUCCCUACACCGAAGCCUGUUGGUGCUCAAGUUCGAGUCAGGAGUGAGUGGACUGCAUCGACACCGUUGGAUUUACACCAAGCAGAUGGUGGACUCCUCGUCACACAUCCCCUAGUUUUGGGUGAUAGUCUUGCAGGAACAGUGGUGGAAGUGGGACCUGACGUUACUCUCCUAAGAGUCGGGGACAAAGUCUUCGGCUUUACUUGGCGCAAUCAGGCCGAGAAGGCACACCAGGAGUAUGUCGUCGCUCCUGAGUUUCUAUUCGGCAAGCUCCCAGAUGGUGUGACUAUGCAGCAAGCUGUCACUCUUCCCAACAACUUUGUGACAGCAUGGCAUACUUUCACGAAGCAUUUCGGAUUCGAAUUACCUUGGCCGAAGCCUGAAGGAUAUGUCCCGAAAGAUGCGGACGAGGCUAUCUUGAUCUGGGGUGGGGGUUCGAGCGUUGGCCAGUAUGCUAUACAAAUCCUGAAGUGGUAUGGGUACAAGAAUGUGAUUGCGACGGCCAGUAGACAGCACCACGACAAGUUGCGACGGUACGGAGCGGUCAAAUGUUUCGAUUAUCGAGAUGUGUCUGUUAUCGAGGAGAUCAAGAACUACGCCACUGGCAGGGCCACUCGACCGGGCAUUCCUUACAUUCUUGACUGCAUCGGAAGUUUGGCUGGAAGUGUACGACCUUUAGCCAAGAUUGCGGAGUCUGGGUCGAAGGUUGCUGUGUUGCUGCCUAUCAUUGUCAAGGACGCUGCUGUGGGCAUCAAGCCGGAAUACUCAAUGGACGUGGAGGGGUGUGCCGAUUGGCAACCUGGCGUUGAGGCAUUGGGCGUCAGAACCCAUUUCUACAUUGACAACAAGUUUCUGGCGGAGCAUUUGCAGUCCGAGACCAUGCCGACGUUGUUGGCGAAAGGUGUCAUUGAGGCCAACGAACAGAUUGUCGUGGAAGGUCAGACAUUGUUAGAAAGGGCGGAAAAGGCGCUGUCGAUGCUGCGCAACAAGGCGGUCAGCGGAGCGAGGUUGGUCUGGCGAGUCUCAGAUGAGAAGAGCUAGUGAAAGGUAGCAAGCAUAGCACCAAACAAAAAUUGCCGAUCUGGAAUGACUAGACCAUCAAC